UUGAACCUAGUACAAUUUCUGAAUGCCUUCUAGUACAAAUUGAAAUUCUGAAACGGCAACACUGGUCACGAGUGUCACGACUCACGGUUAAGGUUAAUUAACCUGAAAGUUUGUUUGUUGUGAUUUCUGAUUUGAUCAUAUGAAUUUAUCAAGUGUUUUCCCACUUUCCCAGUGAAGUGAGGGUAUUUAUUGUUGUUAUUAUUUAUGAAGCGGGUAUGGAAAACGUAAUUAAUGUUGCUGACCGAUGUCGAGCCUGUCUAAGUAUUGAUUGUACUCUCACUGCCACCGAUUCUCCUGAUACUGAUUCCAUUAAAUUUUUUGAUAAACUUUCAGCUUGUGUUUCCGAAGUGUCUUGGUUGAAACAAGGGUUGCCUUCCCUCAUAUGUGAAAUCUGUAUUGACCAUUUGAGAGUGGCAUAUGACUUCAGACUAGUGUGCUUGCAGUCUGAUCAAACUCUAGAGAGAUAUCUCAGUUUACCUGAUAGAGAUUCAAAACAAGAAACCAACACUAGACAGCUAAGUACUCCAACAAAGUUUGACUUUUCUGUUGGCACUACAACAGAAGAAAACCUGUCUAUAAUAGAAGAGGAGCCUCAGAAUGCUGAAUACAUUCAUCUCAAACAUUUUUUGGAUAAUGAUGAAGAAGCGUCAAAGUCUGAUCUCCAGUCAGAACAAGAACUUGAAGGCAAUGAUUCCAGAAGUAGUAGCCCUGACCAUGAUGAAGACGCAGGUCCACUUCAAAAUAAAAUAGAAUACAUCAAUGAAGAUUUAGAAAAACCUGUUUCAAUCACACAACACAAUCUGCCGGAUCAAAAUAUUCAUGAAGUAUCACAACUUAAACUACAGCAGGAUAUUCAGCAACCAAAAAUCCUAAAAUUAGAUCGUCAUCAACUGCAUGAACAGCAGCCCCAACAUCACCAACGAAAUGAACAAAAACCUCCUCAACAGCAGACUGUACACCAAAUAGUUCAGGUACAACAGAUUCGUCAACAUGAAAUACUUCCUCAACAACAGCCAUACAAGGUAGAAGUUAAACUGGCUCCUCAUCAACAAAGUAACACUAUACAGCAAGGAAUCCAAGCACUGGUUGUUCAAACAGUCACACCUGAUCGAAAUACUGUACCGAAUCAAUCAGUGCAGCAAGUGCAAGUUCGACGAGUGAUAAAGAGAACAACAGGUGUGCAGGUAAGGCCCCAAACUCCACCGAAGACUGUGUCAUCAGGGGAUGCCAUAGAUUCAAUAAAUGACAAACAAUACAUAUGUAAAGAAUGUGGCAAAAGUUACAGGAAAAAUGCCAACUUGAAAAUUCACAUGCGGACACAUACAGGAGAGAAGCCGUUCGAAUGCAAAUACUGUGAAAAGAGGUUUUAUCAUUCUUCUCAUUUACGUGAACACAUUCGACGUCAUACUGGAGAAAAACCUUUUCAAUGUGCUGUUUGUAAUAAAAGGUUCACCAUCAAGGGUGAACUGACAAUGCACAUGAAAUCUCAUACUGGUGAAAAGCCCUAUGCUUGCACGUGUUGUGACAGGAGGUGUCUCACUGCAGCUGAUUUGAAGGUCCAUAUGCGUACUCAUACUGGAGAAAAGCCUUUUGAUUGCAAUAUGUGUGGAAAAAAAUUCGCAAGUACUUACAUACUGAAUUCACACAUGAAGACACAUACAGGAGAGAGACCAUACUCUUGUGUCUUAUGCUCUAAAACAUUUACUCAAUCUUCACAUCUUACUGUUCACAAUCGGAAGCAUACUGGAGAAAAGGUGAACUGUAAAAUGUGUAAUGCAAAAUUCAGCCAUUCUUCUCAGUUAACAGUCCACAUGCGUGAACACACAGGAAAACAGCCUUACAAGUGUACCGUUUGCUUCAAGGUUUGUAAUUAUGCCUCGGAACUACAGUCUCAUAUGAUGAAACACACCGGAGAAAAGUUCACGUGUGUUACUUGUGAUAAGAAAUUUACUACAGCAGCUUAUUUACAGGAACACACAAGAACACAUACAGGCGAAAAUCUUUCGACCUGCACCAUCUGUGAUAGACAAUUUACUCGUCAUCAGUAUCUUGAGAAACAUAUGCGCACCCACACUGGAGAAAAACCUUUUACCUGCUUCAUUUGCAACAAAAAGUUCACCCAGUCUUCAAGUCUCAAAGUGCAUAUAAGAAUUCAUACUGGAGAGAAACCUUAUUCCUGCAAUUUAUGCAAUAAGAAGUUCACCACAUCAUCAGACUUAUCCGUACAUGGUAAAAAGCACACUAAGUACAUUGAUUUGUAGGAAGUAUUCCGUUUUUAUGUGAUAUAGUCGUGACAUUUUAACUUAAUAUAUCUGCCCAUUUUAGUUAUUU